CGCUACUUAUCGAAUGCUAAACUCACAACCUAAACACUGCCUGCAUACAUCUAAAACAGACAUGGCAGCCAGAAUAGCAUCAGUUUUGUUCCUAAUUUCUCUCUUAAUCUUUGCUUCAUUCAAGUCCUCUCAUGGCGCCCAAAUAGCCAUAUAUUGGGGCCAAAAUGGCGAUGAAGGAAGUCUCGCUGACACUUGUAGCUCCGGAAACUAUGGUACUGUGAUCCUAGCUUUCCUAGCUACCUUUGGGAAUGGGCAAACCCCGGUGCUUAACCUAGCUGGGCAUUGUGACCCUGCUACAAAUUGUAACAGUCUAAGCAAUGACAUCAAAGCAUGCCAGCAGGCAAACAUCAAGGUGCUCCUUUCCAUAGGUGGUGGGGCUGGAAGCUAUUCACUGUCCUCAACCGAUGAUGCAAACCAGGUUGCCGAUUAUCUCUGGAACAAUUAUCUAGGGGGGCAAUCUAACUCUAGACCCUUAGGAGAUGCGGUUCUGGAUGGUAUUGAUUUCGAUAUUGAAUCUGGUGACAACAGAUACUGGGAUGAUCUAGCUAAAGCUUUAUCAGCUCAUAGCAAUGGCCAGAAUAAAGUUAUCUUAUCAGCAGCUCCUCAAUGUCCCUUCCCAGAUGCCAGCUUAAGCACUGCCAUAAACACAGGCCUUUUCAACUAUGUGUGGGUUCAGUUCUACAACAAUCCCCCUUGUCAAUAUGAUAACAGCAUUGAUAAUCUCGUGAAUGCAUGGAACCAAUGGACAUCAGUUCAAGCUAGCCAGGUCUUCCUCGGACUACCAGCGUCCACUGAUGCUGCCAACAGCGGUUUUAUUCCAGCAGACACUCUUACAUCUCAAGUCCUACCCGCUAUCAAGGGUUCCUCUAAAUAUGGAGGAGUCAUGUUAUGGUCUAAAGCAUAUGAUAAAGACAAUACAUACAGCAAUGCUAUUAAAAGCAGUGUUUAAGUUGAACCACUAUUAUUGUUCCCAUGUUCUAGAUAAUAUCAAAAAUAAAGAAGAUUAUAAGUACCUCAUGUAACCAUCUUAGAUUUUACACACCACAGAAACUUGUAAUACUCAUAAAUGGCGUAUUUCGUUGUUCUAUUUGAGUUGUUUUUUACUACUUUGCAGAGACAAUCAGUCCAUUGUAUCACUGUAAAAAGCCCAACUCAGAGCUGGUAUUGGUUCAUUAGAACCCUCCUAAUAAGGUAGUACCACCAUACUAAAUCCA